AUGGGUAAAGAGGAGGUGUUCGGCUCGAACAAGGCUUUAUGGUUCUCGCCGAGCGGCAGCAAACUGGCUUUCGGUUACUUCGACGAUUCCCAUACGCCGAUCAUAACGAUACCGUUUUACGGCUACCCGGGAAGCCUGACGUUCCAGUACACGUCCGCGAUCUCGAUCCAUUACCCAAAGAGUGGCACGACGAAUCCCACGGUGAAGCUGUUCUACGUCGACUUGGAGAAGGUGGUCCACGGUAACGUGAGCUUAACUGAAAUCGAACAUCCGGACGAGUUAGCCUCGGAGGAACGGAUUUUAUCUGCUGUUGCUUUUCCUACGGACAAUCUCGUGUACGCGACAUGGAUGAACAGGGAGCAGAACAAGGCGUAUUUCCACUUCUGUUACGUCCAUGAUUCACUGCCCAAUUGCACUACCGCGCUGAAGCACUCGGAGAGGCACGGAUGGGUCGAGCAGUUCGAGCCACCGGUGUUCAGCGACGACGGUGACUCGUUCCUCACGAUUCUGCCGCAGAGGCAGCACGACUCCAGCUACUGGCGGCAUGCAGUCGCAAUUACCAGCGUUUCCACUGGAAAACCGAGGAACGUCGCCCUAACUUCCGGCCGGUUCGUCGUCACAGAGAUAGUUUCUUGGGACCAGAAGAACUCGUACCUCUACUACUUGGCAACAACCGAAGAGGAGUCGGCGGUGCAACAUUUGUACAGGAUAUCUACGAGGCUCGACGGUGACCGAAAGUCCAAGUGUCUGAGCUGCGGUAUCGUGCGGGAGACCGAUAGGAACCGGUGUCUUUACAACACGGCGAAAUUUUCCACGGAUCAUUCGCACUACGUGCUCACCUGCGCCGGCCCUGGAGUGCCUGACAUCGCCAUUUAUAACAGGAAUUCCUCGAAGCUGCUGGCAUGGGAGGAGAACGACGCGGUCGCCGAGAUUAUCGCGGAGAAAUCGCAACCGGUGGUGAGGCGUUACAAGGUGCCGGUUCCCGGUGGAUUCGAGGCCCGUGUCAGACUACUGAUUCCACCGAAUGCUGAUCUGUCGGGCGCCACCAAGUAUCCCAUGUUGAUUUUCGUGUACGGAGGGCCAGAUUCGUAUCAAGUCACGGAGAAGUUCAACGUCGAUUGGGGCACGUACCUUGUAACGAACAAGAGUAUCAUCUACGCGACGAUCGACGGCCGUGGUUCCGGUCUAAUGGACAAUGGCAUGCUGUUUGCUGGAUAUCGAAACUUGGGAACAGUGGAGAUCGCGGAUCAGAUCAAUGUAACCAGGUACUUGCAACGCACGCUUCCAUUCAUCGACCAUACCAGGACGGCGAUAUGGGGUUGGAGUUACGGUGGAUACGCGACUGGCAUGACGCUCGCCAUGGAUUAUCACGGUGUCUUCAAGUGCGGCAUGUCCGUGGCACCUGUAACAGAUUGGGCUCUUUACGAUUCGAUAUAUACCGAGCGAUUCAUGGGCUUGCCCUCGGACAACCUGCACGGCUACGAGCAAGGCCAACUACUGAACAAAGUGGAUAACAUUAAAACGAAGAUGUAUUACUUGAUCCACGGGACGUUGGACGACAACGUGCACUAUCAGCAAUCUUUGUUACUCGCCAAGGUUCUCGAGCAGAAGGAUAUCCUAUUCAGGCAACAGACAUACACGGACGAAGACCACGGGAUCGCUCAGUCACGAGCUCAUCUCUACCACUCGUUGGAAAACUUCUUGGACGAAUGUUACGAAGCCUCAUGAUCGCAGCGUCGAGGAAAACCGACAAUCUAAAUCCUUCGCGUCACCUGCGUCACCUGCCUCACAUUCCACUUGUAAAUACCUUGCCAUUUGUACAUACUCGAUGUACAAUAAUGUAAUAUGAAGCGUUAGUGUAAAUAACUGAGAACGAAGAAUCAUGAAACACUCUCGAUUCAAACGGUGUCUUGGCCAAAAGGACGUUCUAUAAUUUCUAUAUCGUGGCUGGUGAUGAAGGAAUUUUGGCACAUACAGUCGCGAAUAUAACAAUUAAUUAAUAUAACAAUUAAUAUAAUUAUACACUUGCGAAUCGUUUGAAUCGAGCGUAACGACUGAUUGUUAAGAAAAUUUAGACUCGAUCCGAAAAAUUUUUUUAAUCUAUUUUUUUGGAGAGACUAUCACAAUCGUUCAUCGAAGGCCUAAUGGACUCGAGAGUAAAAAAAAAAAUUUCUAGCCCUUUACGAAUAAAUGAACUAACGUGUAUGAACUAAACAGCGCUACAUCGCGUGAAACAUCCUCGUAAGAUGUAAAUUUCGCGAAACGAACCGAAUGUAAUGCGUCGCAUUAAUCGCCGAUCGCUCGAUCACUUCGAGAGCAAGAUGAGUGUUUUUUUUUUUUUUUUUUUUUUUUGUGAGAUAUUAUAUUAUAUUGUUAACGGACAUUAAUAUUCAAUAAUAAUAACGGAUGUUAUUAAAUAUUCUAUAGCGAGCGAGGCGAGAAUUCGUACGUCGAAUUACGAAUUUGUAAGACAUGUUCCUCUUUCGUUUUAUGCAUUAUAUGCGAGGCAAGUGCAAGUUGUGUGAGAAAAGACGUAUAGUUGAACGCUUCGGAGAAGCAUUCAGAAAAAAGAGAAACUUUCUCUAUGAAAGGAAAAGCCUUCAAAAGAGAUGCGUAUGCAAUGAUGUAUCAUCGACGAUAAAUGAUUUAUUUUAUUUCUUCUAUUUUUUGAUUUAGAAACUAUUGGUGAUGGUAUAUAAUUUGUUUUUGCGUUCGAUACUGCCGCUUUUCGCGUGUCUAUUAACAAUUUCAAGUUGCUAUUAGGUGCGUUUUACAUUUCAGCAUGAUUAUGUAUUGUUUUACAUUCGAAAUGUAACUUCAUAGCAAGUAAGUAAGUGUAAUCGUUGAAGAGGAUUGUUUAAGUGUAAAGAUUCCUUCCUGUUGAUUUUAUCAAUGUUAGGAUAAAAAGCCUUUUCAACACUGUCAUAGUGUGAAACUUCCAUUGUGUAUAUAACUAAGUUGCUGGACUGGUUGUUGAAAAAUAAUUCCUCGAUAUAUGAUAGCGCGUAUCUAUUUCUCUUUACCAUUAAAGAAAAUAUAAAACAUUAUUGUGACUAAUAGCUAACAAUUAAAAAUCUAUCCCGUAGUGUAAGCGACGUACUAACAGACUCUUUAAAUACCAGGAUUUUAUAAUGAAAAGGACCACUGUAAUGGUUUCGAAGACAGAUUAAUAGGAACUUCUUAAAACUAAUUGUUACAACUUUUAUUCCAAUGUACUGUACAAAAUAUUUAAUGGAAUAUAUACAAUUAAAAAAAAAAAACAAAAUACAUUAUUACGAAAUUUUCAUCGUGAAUUAUUAGGGGGAGAAAAAUAUAAUGAUAAUUCAGAGUUAUUAUGAAAAUUAUUAUGAUUCAUUAUUACUAUUACCCAUUCAUUGAUAUUUGUUGAGUGCAUCACAAAUAAAGCUCUAUGUUUCAUUAACGCAGAGUGUUUCAUGUUUUGAUGGUUAUUUACCAAUCAUCUAAUUAAAUGACAUUGAAUGUAAAAAUUGAAAUGUGUAAUAAAAAUUUCUGUUACGAA